AUAAAAUCAAAGGUACGCAUUCUUAUAUUUAAGUUGUUAUAUAUAUUAAAAUAUAUAAAUUAUACAGGCAGUCUAGGCGUUAUAAUUUAUGGCUGAAGGUCACAAAUAUCAUAAAAUGGAUUUAUGUUACAUUCAUUCAAUUUGACCAUGGCAAACUCAGAAGUGGACUCGUCCUGUCCGGACUUUAGUAAUCUCCCGGAUGUUGCUUGGGUCCGCAUAAUGCAAUCCAUGUCACUUAGCGAACGGGCAAAAGUAGCAAGAACCUGUCGUCUGCUGAAUGAAGUAUUCAAUCACCCCUCGUUAUGGUACUCACAGAAACUUAAUUUCAUGGGCGAAGUUCAUAACUGGUCUCGGAAGAAACAAAACAUAUUUUGUACGCCAUUUUAUGUUGAGUUAAUAAAAAGAUUUGGGAAAUAUUUUCAAAAUCUCACAAUCAAAAUUGAUGGUCAUUUCCGGAGCAUUCCUGCUGAUCUCCAGGACAUUUUAGAAGAGGUCGCCAACCGCUGUCGACUAGAAACCCUCACAAUAGAAGCCGGAACUAUCACGUCUGCGUUUCAUGAAAGAUAUGGUUUCCCGCCAAAUUACUCCGCUGUCAAAGUUCUUGCUAAUUUUGUUCAAAAGGCUUUUAGAAUGAAAUACUUACACAUAAAGUCCUGGCCAAUGUACAACCAAAUUGACACUGAUGAUUGUAACAUAUUCAAAGUUCUUGUUCUCAACGAGAAAUUGCGAGAAACUCUCGAGACUUUGAUGCUGUUCUGGGUCGAGGGCCAGGAGUGGUCAGAACGGGAACCCAUUCUUUUCAACGGGGACCCGACUGAAAUUUUAAAAGUUGUAGAAGGAUUUAAGUAUCUCACAACACUUGGUAUACGAACGCCCAUGAUAUCAGACGAGCUUCUACAGAUGUUGGCAUCAAUCGAUAGGUCAAAACUUCAACUGCUCAAAAUUUUCGUGCAUUAUCUAGACCCGCAAAGGCAGCCGCUAUUUGCCAUCCCAACUAUUCAACCUAGCACAUGGCAGGCACUUAGUAGAAGAAAUCCGGAUUUUAGGGUUGAGUGUACCAUAUUUCUUAACACUCCAAAUAUGGAACUGUCAAACUUGCUAACACCUAAUAUUCCGUUAUCCGCUCUUGUGUAUACAAAAUACUCCAAGAUUGACCCGUUAACGUUAACCAAGGUGUACACUCAGUAUAAAGAAACUAUGACAAAAUUUCAUAGUUACUGUGACUCAUACUUCAUUGAUAAUGAAUUACAGGAAAUGGCUCAGAAGUGUAUUAAUCUUAGUGAGAUUAUUUACCAUGGGGAAAUCCAUAGCAAUACCGUUGUUGCUAUCGCAAAGGCUAGAGGAAAAUUUCUAACGCGGUUCGAAGUGAGAGAAGAGAAAAUAAAAGUGCCCACAGAAUUCGAUGACGUUGAUGAAGACGAUGUUUUAGCGAGAGGACGUGAUGGUCAACUUGUUCUUGUAAAUCUUAUGAAAUUUCACAUGCCAGAGGAGCAGAAACAGGAAGUGUUGCAGACGAUGAUUGCGGAAGUAAGCGAAGCACUGGGAACGCCGUGGAAACCGCUCAAAUGAGGAUGAAGACACUGUGAUUAAUCAGCUUGACAUUCGUACAAUUUAUUAAUAUAUCUAUAUCUUUCUGUGAUAAUAUAUUUAUCCAAACAAAUCUUUUGAAACCUUGUGAUUUCGAAAAAAAAAUACGCUUAUUACAGUCUGGGUUACUGAAACCGAGUUUCUGAAUACGAUACUUUUUACACUUUGACCAGUGCAUUUUAAUCAAAAGAUAUUUCAAAAAUCAAAAUGAGUCAGUGUGUUUUAGACAAAGUUUGCGCAAUGUUCAAAUCAAUAGUUUGAAUACUAUGCUAAAAAAUUUCAUGUUUGGAGCCUUCUUUGUCGCUGACAAUUCCUUUCAUCGUUGCAUCUGUAUUUGAAUUUCUCUAGGAAAUUUGGAAACUUUGAAACAACUAUCCGUUUAGCGUAAGGAAUAUCAGGACCCGUGUACAUGUCUUAACAGAUGCAGCUAAUGUACUUCCUACGCCAUUAAAUGUUGAAAGUUGUCAGGUAGCAUUUACCCAUGUUUUUGUUUUGUUUGUUUGUUUUAUUUUAUGCCUUUUUCCAACAGUAUUUCAGUCAUGUCGGCGGAUAGUUUCCUAAUCAUCGUUCCUGGAGAGUUACACCAGUACUAGACUACCUUCCUCCGCGCUAAACUACCAAAGAAUCUCCCGGGAUUUACACAUGUGAAAGUGUAAAAGUCAACAGAAUAAUCGACUAUAAAUAUUGUCAAAAAUACAUGUACUUCAUGUCAUGCUCCUUUCUUUUCACAUUUUACAUU